AUUUAUGUAAUUACCACCGCCAACAUUAAUCUGUGUGCUUGAAUAAAAAGUUAACUUCGUAAUUAACAAUUCAGCGGCACUCUCUCUCUUACUCUCCAGUUGAGACUUCUAUUUUCUUUCUUUCUUUUUAAUUUAAAUAAAUUAUUCCCAAAUGCUUGACCAAUUCGCUACAAAUUUCGGACUCACCCAAGUUAUCUUAGAUUCUUUGUCUGAUUUCUGCAUCUGGAAAAUUUUCAGAUUAUUGAUUUUAAUGGCUGACUGUAGGAGUUUAUAAAUCUUGCUUGGAGGUUUCAGCUGCAGUCAUCUUCGAAAGUUAAAAUUUUCUUGCAAACCUUGAAGUCCUGUAGUGUGGCAAGUGUACUAUAAUUGAAUCUUGAAGUUUUUUUUUUGCUAUAGUGUGCAAUAGUUGGACAUUGGCCACUUGUUUGGACUGCAGAGAUGACAAUUUUGUCAAAGUUGCGUUGUAUAACUGUUGAUGCUACCGGUACUCUCUUAGCUUACAAAGGGGAGCUUGGAGAUUACUAUUGUAUGGCUGCUAAAGCUGUAGGAUUACCAUGUCCUGACUACAAACGCAUGCAUGAAGGCUUUAAACUUGCAUAUACUGAUAUGGCCAAGAACUAUCCUUGCUUUGGCCAUGCUGCAAAGAUGCCCAAUAUUGUUUGGUGGAAGACAUGUGUUCGAGACUCCUUCAUAAGGGCUGGAUAUGACUAUGAUGAAGAGACAUUUGAGAAGAUAUUCAGACGCAUAUAUGCGUCAUUUGGCUCAUCUGCCCCUUAUGUUCUUUUCCCUGAUUCCAUUCCUUUCCUAAGAUGGGUCCGUGCUCAAGGUAUGCUGGUUGGGCUAGUGAGCAAUGCAGAAUACCGUUAUCAAGAUGUAAUUCUUCCUGCCUUGGGGAUAAAUCAGGAUUCUGAAUGGGAUUUUGGAGUAUUCUCUGGUAUUGAAGGUGUAGAGAAGCCAAACCCAAGGAUUUAUGAGAUUGCAUUAGAGAGGGCAGGAAAUGUUGCUCCUGAAGAAACUCUACAUAUUGGAGAUAGCAUGCGUAAGGAUUAUCUUCCAGCAAAGAGCUUGGGCAUGCACGCAUUAUUACUAGAUAGAUUUAAGACUCCAGAUGCCGAGAACUGGAGAAAAUCCGGAGCACCUGUGUAUCCAGAUUUGGCAUCUGUGCAAGAUCUGCUAAAUUCUGGUAACAUUGACUUGCUGAAGAAACUUUAACUUAUUUAAACUUGAUGAAAUAUAAGUUGGUGUUACCAUAUUAAUGAAUUUUAACACUGACUUGCUUUUCUAGAUCUUCUUUAGGCCUGUCUUCACUGUCUGUUGUAACCUUGAGAGCUUAGCAUCUACACAUUCCCUAGUCAUGUUUAUUGUACAAGAAGCAUCUCUUUUUCAAGAAUUCUGCUUCUCUUGUUCAGUUGUUCUUCUAUAUAUUAACUGUUGUUGUUGAAGCUCUUCCUCAUCUUAGUUCUGUAAGUAAUUUUUUUUUUCCAAUCAGCCUAGGUGAAAAUUCUCAUGAUAGGUUUCAACCCUCAAGUAAAGAUGACACUAUGACAGUGGUCUGUGCUAGUGUAUGGCGGCCUCUGGGCAUUACUGCUCAUGGAAAAAGUGCCAUAAUGGCCAAUCGGCCAUCCCAUUGGCUCAUUGGCUGUACCUUUGAGCCACCACAAGCGUUUCCCUUUAUUAGUCGUGCAUUGAUCAUGACAGUCCAUUGCCCCUGUGGCCUGUGUUGUGCCAGUCUUUGCAAAAUGCGGCCUUGGUUUUGCCUGCCUCUUGCUGGCCUGUUGGCCCACUGCCAUCUUUACGCAGCCUCACAAAGUAUGAGAAGUUGCUAUAAGCUAAGCCUAUAUGCAUAUUUGGUUUGAGGGUUUGUUUAACUAACAGGCUCAAAUUGUAGCACUAUGCUGUCUAUCUAGAAUAGUUAUGGUCUCAGAAUUAGGAGAACCUCAGAGACACAGAGUCCUGAACUCCAUCUCAUGUCUCCUAUUAAGUUGAUUACUAUACUACAUGUUAUUUUUUUGAGUAAGGCUAAUGUUUUUUCUUAAUGUUUUAAUA